AUGGUGUCUGUAGUACGUGCUCAACAAGUCUUGUUCAAAACCAAACGUUUUAAUAAUAUAUCAUGGUUAUGUCGUCGUACAACAUCAUCAGCUCCUACUCCAACAACAACUGAAUUAGCUCAUAAAGUAGCAGUCGAUGCUGUUACUUCAAAUAAAAAAGCAAUAGCAGGUGCACCAUAUAAAUCACUUUCCAUUGGUAUACCAAAAGAAACAUUUUUAAAUGAAAAACGUGUUGCACUUACACCUGCUGUUGUAUCAACACUUCAUAAAAAAGGAUUUACAUUAAAUGUUGAAGAAAAUGCUGGUAUAGGUGCAUCUUUUCAUAAUGAAGAUUAUCAAAGUGCUGGAGCAAAAAUUGUUUCACGAAAUGCUGCAUAUGCAUCAAAUAUAAUUCUUAAAGUUCGACAACCAAGUUCAGAAGAUAUUAGUAUAUUGCAAGAAAAGUCAACAUUAAUUUCAUUUAUAUAUCCAGUACAACAUAAAGCAUUAGUUGAUCAACUUGCUAAAAGACAUGCAACUGUUUUUGCUAUGGACUGUAUUCCACGUAUUUCUCGAGCACAAGUAUUUGAUGCACUUAGUUCAAUGGCAAAUAUUGCUGGUUAUAAAGCUGUUAUUGAAGCUGCUAAUAAUUUUGGCAGAUUUUUCACUGGUCAAAUAACUGCUGCUGGAAAAUCUCCACCAGCAAAAAUUUUAGUUAUUGGUGGUGGUGUUGCUGGUCUUAGUGCAAUUGGUACAGCACGAAAUAUGGGUGCCGUUGUACGAGCAUUUGAUACACGUCCAACUGUAAAAGAACAAGUUCAAUCAAUGGGUGCAGAAUUUCUUGAACUUAAUUUUAAAGAAAGUGAAAGUGGUGAAGGAGCAGGUGGUUAUGCUAAAGAAAUGUCACCAGAAUUUAUUGCAGCAGAAAUGGCUUUAUUUGCUAAACAAGCUAAAGAAGUUGAUAUUAUUAUUACAACAGCUUUAAUUCCAGGCAAACCGGCUCCAAAAUUAAUCACAAAAGAAAUGAUUGAAAGUAUGAAACCCGGUUCAGUUGUUGUUGAUUUAGCUGCUGAAGCUGGUGGUAAUAUUGAAACAACACGUCCAGGAGAGAAAUAUGUUUAUAAAAAUGUGACACAUAUUGGUUAUACAGAUUUACCAUCACGUUUAGCUACUCAAUCAUCAAGUUUAUAUGCAAAUAAUAUAUCAAAAUUUCUUUUAUCCAUUGGUAGUCAAGAUCAUUUUUAUAUUGAUUUAAAUGAUGAAGUUGUACGUGGUUCACUUAUUUUACGUGAAGGUGAAUUGAUGUGGCCACCACCAAAACCAGCAGCUAUUCAUACUCCUCUAUCAAAAUCAUCCAAAAAAGACGAAAAAAUUGCAGAAAAAGCAGCUGCAGAAGUUUUACCACCAAAUUAUUUUGCAAAAUAUUUAAAGGAUUCUUUAUUAUAUACAACUGGUAUUGGUGCUCUACUUGGUUUAGGUAUUAUUUCACCAAAUCCACAGUUUGCAAAUAUGAUUACAACAUUUGGUUUAUCGGGUAUUGUUGGUUAUCAUACAGUAUGGGGUGUACAACCAGCAUUACAUAGUCCAUUGAUGAGUGUUACGAAUGCUAUUAGUGGUAUAACUGCAGUUGGUGGUUUAUUAUUAAUGGGUGGUGGAUAUUAUCCACAAACAAUUCCACAAGGUUUAGCAACUGCUGCUGCAUUCAUAUCGAGUAUUAACAUUGGUGGUGGAUUUGUUAUUACACAAAGAAUGUUAAAUAUGUUUAAACGACCAACUGAUCCACCGGAGUACAAUUAUUUAUAUUUAAUACCUGGUGCUAGUUCAGUUGCAGUUUAUGCUUGGGCUAGUCAACAAGGAUAUCAUGAUAUAAAUCAUUUAGCAUAUUUAGCAGCAUCACUUUGUUGUGUUGGUGCUCUUGGUGGAUUAAGUCAUCAAACCACAGCUCGUCUUGGUAAUUCACUUGGUAUGAUUGGUGUUUCAUUAGGUUUGGCUGCAACACUUGGUGCAAUUCAUUUGGAUAUGCCAUUAAUAACACAAAUUGGUACAACAAUGGCUACUGGUACUACAUUUGGUGCACUUGUUGCUCGUCGAAUUGCAAUAACUGAUCUUCCUCAAUUAGUAGCUGCUUUUCAUUCACUUGUUGGUAUGGCUGCAGUACUUACUUGUAUAUCUCAUUAUAUUACUGAAUGUGAACAUUUUGCACUUGAUCCAGCAGCAGCAGUUAUAAAAACAGCAUUAUUUUUGGGUACAUUUAUUGGUGGUAUAACAUUUUCAGGUUCAAUAAUUGCAUAUGCUAAAUUACAAGGUCUUAUGAGUGGUGCACCAAUUUUAUUACCAGCACGUCAUACAUUAAAUGCAGGUUUAGCACUUGCUAAUGUUAGUGCUUUAGCUUAUUAUAUGAUGAGUGCAGAUCCAAUUGUUGGUAUUUCAAUGUUAGGUGUGACAUCAGCUUUAUCAAUGACAAUGGGUUUAACAUUAACUGUAGCUAUUGGUGGUGCUGAUAUGCCUGUUGUUAUUACUGUACUUAAUUCAUAUUCAGGAUGGGCACUAUGUGCUGAAGGUUUUAUGUUGAAUAAUUCAUUAAUGACAAUUGUUGGUGCUCUUAUUGGUAGUAGUGGUGCAAUUUUAUCAUAUAUUAUGUGUAAAGCAAUGAAUCGUUCAUUACCUAAUGUUAUUCUUGGUGGUUAUGGUACUGAUUCAACUGGUACUGGACAAGCAAUGCAAAUAACUGGUACACAUACAGAAAUAAAUGUUGAUCACACAAUUGAUCUUAUUAAAGAAGCAUCAUCAAUUAUUAUUACACCAGGUUAUGGUUUAUGUGUUGCUAAAGCUCAAUAUCCAAUUGCUGAAAUGGUUGAGAUGUUACGAAAACGUGGUAAAACAGUACGAUUUGCUAUACAUCCUGUAGCUGGUCGUAUGCCUGGUCAAUUAAAUGUUUUAUUAGCUGAAGCUGGUGUGAGCUAUGAUAUAGUUCAUGAAAUGGAAGAAAUUAAUCAUGAAUUUCCAAAUACUGAUCUUGUUCUUGUUAUUGGUGCAAAUGAUACAGUUAAUUCAGCUGCUGAAGAAGAUCCAAAUAGUAUAAUUGCUGGUAUGCCUGUACUUCGUGUUUGGCUUGCUAAACAAGUUAUUGUCAUGAAACGAUCACUUGGUGUUGGUUAUGCUGCUGUUGAUAAUCCUAUAUUCUUUAAACAUAAUACUUCUAUGUUACUUGGUGAUGCUAAAAAGACAUGUGAUAAAUUAUUAGCUAAACUUAAAUUAGAUUAUGAAGAAGGAGGUGCAAGUGGUACUACUUCUUAA